AUGGCCUACAACAUCUUUUACACGCGUCUCAGUCGAACAAGUCAGGCUAUCGCCGCAAGUCCUGAAAACCAAGCGACAUUGAGCAUUGAUCUCGGUAUUCGGAGUGUCAGACUUUGUCUGGAUUGUCUCCAUCUUGUUCAGAAGAACAGACCCCCUGUCCCAGUACCCUAUCAUCUGUCGCAAGUGAAGGAUGACUUUGACUUUAACCUUCCUGUCCACAUCGACAUGUUUGGAGCGGACAGGGACCCAUGGCGCUGCCUCUACGCAGAGGAGAGCAAAAGGACAGUCCCGGCUAAGCUCCUCUUUGUCGUCAUUCGCAUAAGUGAGCUGCGGCACCGCAACAAUUUUGAUGACAGGAGUGUUGCUGAUCGAUAUAUGCGAUGCAUUCCGCAGCUUAGGGCGUUCUUUGCCCUGCAUGACGCGCAUACCGAAGCGGAACAAGAGGAGGCUAUCGCUCGCGGGCUCCAAGCAUUUGAUUGCUUGCUUCAAAGUCUCAAAAUUGCUGCUAAUGCUCUGGCCGUGAGGAAGAAAUAUUCAAUUAAAAAGGUGGCAUUUUCUGUUCCAAUGUAUUGGGACGAGUGGAUGAUCCAUCACCUUCAGACAAGGAUUCAGGCGGUUUGGAAUACGGUUCCGCUGGAGGAUAUCCUCGUUUACCAUGACUCGGAGGCUCUGCUGCAACUUUUCGAAUAUCAAGGCUGCUUCCGUGUACAAAGCAACACCCAGUUUGUUUCAGUACACUAUAGUGGUCAUAUUCUGCAAGCGACCACCGUGCUCGUUCGACCAAUUAGGAACCAGAAACCCGAGGUUUUGCGCUCCGAUUGGUCCUUUUCGGAACAUGGCGGAUUGCUGGCAUAUAAAGCUGCUCUCCGGACGGAGCUAUACCGAAUCAUCGAACAAAAGACGAGCAACGAUACAGAGAAGGACCAGCUCGUGUCUAGCGCUCUACAAUACUUUGAAUCAAAUAUCCAAGCAACCGUUGGAACAGGUUCAUUGCAACUGACUGCAGCGACCGACCGUAAUCGGAGCAUGACUAUCUCUGUUGACCGCGCUUUCAACCAGCGAGCCCAUCGCCAGUACCUUGCCAACCCAGUCACCCAACUCAUUAAGCAGUUGAAGAUUCUUAACCGAGAUCGACUGCUGCAAAGUCCACCGCGCGACAUUUGCCUCCUCCUCACCGGCGACACAUUUCGCCAUGAGCCUUCGCGCCAACGAGUCGAAAUAGCCGCUCAAGAACUCAACAUGACUGUGCGGUUCCCAGAACAAGAGCUGGAACAGGCCAAGAAACCAAUUAGUUCGCGCCAACUGAUGUGCUUUGGUGCGGCCAUCGCCGUCAGACAGCUCCCCACGGUAUCCGAGUAUUUUGAUACUGUGGCGCUGGGUAUUGCGCUGGGCGAUCCCGCCAAUCCUAGUGAGCUAAUCAAUCUACCCUGGAUUGACAGGGAAACUAUCCAGGGCCAUGUAGACAUUCAGAGUUCAUCUCCAGAACACGCUGAUGCGUGGCUAGUAUGUCGUCCGCGAAGUCGUCUCCCGAGUACUGUCACUCCACUCUUCAACAGCUACACUGUUAUGUCUAGUCUCGGACGCCUACGAACUGGUCGCUAUACUAUGCGUGUCUUAACAUCAACACACCAGCCUCAGGGUGAACCGGUAGAGAAUGAAAUGGUACUGCUCUACAACCGCGCCUCUAUGGCGGAGGCUGGAACCACCCGCUGGAAAGUCCGAAUGAGCACAGACUGUCACCUGUCGCUCGACUUGCAGAUUCAAGACGAUGUACUACACAUCAAAGGGCAGCCGCUUGAGGAUUGGGCUCAGAAUGUCAGAGGGAAACGAAGCUAUGCUGCAUGGGUCGCGACGAACAAGGAUCCUGCGUAUCGGUACUGGGAGACUCGUACGAGAUUACCGACUCUCACGUGGGAUGCAGGCCGAGGAAGGCUGUCUAUUCGUAGCACGGGAGCGGAAAGACGAGUACUACGCCCUACCUCAGCGCGCCAGAGACGCGCAGUGUGCGUAGGGGCGCAGUGUCCGGUUAGUAGACGACGGCGAGGUGGAACGCCAACAUGUCCAUGCGGCCGGUUGGCUUUACCCCGAGGGAUCUGA